GCUAGGAACCUUGGCUCAGGCUGGCCUCGCUAAAAAACCAGGAGCUCUUUUCCUCUCCCUCUCUCUCUCCCCCCCUCUCCCUCCUCUCUUUUUGGAUUCUUCCCAUCUUGAGGCAUCGCCUGUCUGCCCCCAUCGGCCCAAGCCCACCACUCCCUUUGAGGAAUCGUAAAUCCUUGCCUCCCCAACUCCCCUCUGCCUUCUUCUUCUUCUUCUUCAGCUGUCCAGCCAGCCUCGCCUCCAAGGGAAAGGAGAGAAGAGGUGGAGCGGCAUCUCUCCGCGCUGCCAUGCAAGUGUACGCUUACGUUUCUUCCAGGUGUUUCUUGUGUGGUGUCCCUGUCCGCGCGGCUAGUGAGUGAAUGGGAACUCAGGCAAUGCCGUCCGGUGGGGCCAUCUCGCGCCAGGGCUCGCUCUGCAGCCUCACGCUGAGCGACGUCGAGGGCCAGCUGCACGGCGUCAACCUCGACGACCUCCUCCGCACGGCCGGCUCGGCUAGGAAGACGGCUGACGAGGUGUGGCGGGACAUCCAGGGCGGCACCCAGAUGACGCUGGAAGACUACCUGUCCAGGCCCGGUGCCGAUGCGGGGGGCGCCCACUGGGCCGAGCAGUACAAUCCCGCUGCCCCGGUGCCGGGGCAGCAGCGCCACACCAACGUCGGGCGUCCCCUGCCGCGGCCGCUAGGGGUGGGCGCCGGGCCGGUGCUGGACGCGCUGUACCACGACCACGACCACGACCACGACGGGGCCACCAUGUCCGGACGGAAGCGUGCCGCCGCGGGCGGCCCCGGGGAGAAGACGGUGGAGCGGCGGAAGAAGCGGAUGAUCAAGAACCGGGAGUCGGCGGCGAGGUCGCGCGCGAGGAAGCAGGCGUACACGAACGAGCUCGAGAACAAGAUCUCCCGGCUGGAAGAGGAGAACCAGCAGCUCAGGAGUUACAAGGCAUUUGAACCGGUGGUGCACUGUGUGCCGCAGCAGGAGCCAAAGAACCAGCUCCGCCGGAGGAACUCGGCCAGCUUCUGAUCAUCAUCUUGUUAAUAGUACUAGUGGUGAAGUGCCCAGCACUAAGCUUGCAAAAUUUGUAACUGACUACUCUGGAAAACAUUUAGCUAGAAAGUACUAGUAAGAAUACUCCUCUGCAGUCUCCGACUUGCUGUGGUGUAUGGCAAUUGCUGGUUGCUGCAUGCAUUGCACUCCAAUUCUCCCUUUUUUUUUCCCUACUGGUGCAUUGCUUUCUGCAGCCUGUGAUUGCAAGAGUAUCCCAAUUAAGCUGUAAUGUUGUAUCUGGAAACAGAAUGGUGCUCUUUACCACCCCUUCUGUCAUUGCAUUAUUAACUUUUAUCAUUCACACAAAA